GUGGAACAUGUUUGCUUUGAUUUACCUGCAUAUAAAUCUUUGUUUGAGAAUGGACGCAUUGCAAUGCCCCAUCUAUGAGCAAACAAAAUUGAUUUGAUAAUUGAUACUUUGUUGUUGUUUGAAAAUGUAUGCAUCUGUGAUCUGUCCCAAUAUUGAACUGAACGUCAUUUACUGUAUGAUUCGUUGUUACGGUGACAUACUGAGCUGCUACAUCAUUAUGCCUAAGUUGUUUUUUUCGUUUUUCGUACAAGAAUAAGGUGUUGAUGAAGUUUGUGUUUGACCUUAUGUUCACUUUCCAUAUAUAUAUAUAGUGUCAAUUAGGUUUGUGUUUACCCUUAGUGAAGAUCAAGUUCGUAGCUUUCCUGUUGUUUAGUUGUUUGCCAUCGUUAUGGUUAUCUGAUGAUGUAAUUCUCUUGUCAGGAUUCUAAACAAAAAAAGUUCUAGGGGUCCUGAACCUGGUUUAUCUUGCUGGAGCCUGGAAGUGAGCGAUUAUCAAGAGGUGGUGCAACUGGAGGCCGUUUGAAGCAAACACAGACUGUUAUUGGUUUAACGUGUCAGACUGUCAUUUCACUUUAUGUCUGUAACAACCAGGCUAUUGAUAAAAGUCUGCCAUCCUUGAGCGAUGUGAUAUUUGUUCUGGCAAGGAUGGACGAUCAGGAAUGCAAAUAAAAUCGGGGAGUUGUUGAAAAAGAAGUAGAAGGAGAAGAAGUUUGUACACAAGGAUUGCAUUAAAUGGUACGUAAAGGUUGAGAAAGAACAUCUGCUUGAUGUGGAGAUAUGGUUCAGAAUUUAUUCAAUGCUGCUGAAGAGAAGUGUGUGGAUACUGGAGGUGGAGAUGACGAACAUGGUAGAUGAACUGGAUGCCAUAAUGUCAAAGCUUACAGACACUAGCUACGCUAGAAGAGAAACUUGCAAAGGAAGAAUCAGAAGAUGGUCUACAUCCGUGAUCGAUCAUCAGCAGAAUGAAGUGUCAAUCUCAGUGGGGUACAUCCUGCUUUGCUUUGUUUCUUUGUCGGUGCACAUACUUCGUUACUCUGAUUUGUUUGCCUCCAAUCCUGAUGUGUUUCUUUUGGAGCAGUUGCUGUACUGCCGCAGAUGUGUAGAAGUAAAGAUGACCAUGAUAUGGCAUUUCUCUGUUUUGGAACUUUACGGACUCCAAGAGUUGAGUCUCAGGAUUGCCGGUAUCGCUGUACCAAGAACAACAGUUUGCUUUCUUAGAAUGAUUUUCACAGACCAACAAGUACUGAGAACAGCAGUUAAGGAAUACAGCAACAGAAAUGAUGGAUUCUUACAAAUGGUCGUAGACCUCUUUUACUGAAGGCGCUUUUCCCAAUUUAAACCAGAGGAAUGCCCGGCGAUCGCUUCCUGUUUCAUUCCAGAACGACUGAGGGUAAGCCCAAAAGAACUUUCCAUCAAUCUGGAACUUAAUUUCUCUGCCAAAAUCGUCAUUGAACAUGCUUUCGACUGCUGCUGGCCUAGAAAACGUCACGAAUGCCUCUCCAUUUUCGGGCGAACUCCGAAUAUCAACAAUGCGCUCCUCCUGUUGAUUUACUCUGCAAUGUUUCACCAUAUGAACAAAUUAUUUACCAUGUAACCUUUUUAUUUACUGUACCAGAAGCAGGAUACAUAUUUUUUUCAAGUGAGACCAACUGUGGAUUCUACUUGUUAAUCUAAUUACCAAGAACAACAUGAUUCUACUUGGUUA